CCCCAGAGAAACCCCCUCCCCUGCUUCUUCUUUGGCAGAGAGCGGCCUUGCCUCUGCCAUGCAGGAGGGCGAUGUCCCCUGAGGAGGCCUUGCUGAAUCUGCCUGGGACGGUUCCGGAAGUAGGAAGGGCGGCCGGGGGUGGGGAGGCGGCAGGAAUGUUCUGGCCUGCUGCUCGUACAGGCGAGUGUCCCGAGAGGAGGGCCUCUGGACAUCAAAGGUUCCUUUUGUCCCCCUCCGAGUGGCAGGGCAGACCGGCCGCUGGCGAUGACUCAGGCCUGGCCCUGACGUCACCCACGCCCGGCCACUGGCCUCCCUCUGCAGCCAGGAAACUGGCUGGGGAGUGGCACUCGCAGGCUGCAGCAAAUCUCAAAAUAAGGAGGCAACUGCCUCUCUCCUCCUCCUCUCCAUCGCCCUACAGCACACCUUGCUUUUCUUUUAUGCUGCUGCUUUUGUUUUGUUUUGUUUUGUUUUGAAGCCUCACGGAAGGUUUUACUUAUAGAUCAACUUUCAGAAUGUAGGAAGUCAGAAUGGGUGACAUCAUCAGAAAAAUAUGUGAAGCUGAUCUCGACCAGAAGUGAAGAACCCAGAGCAAGAAGGCGGUUAGAACUCCUGAGCCCAGGGAAUUGGCAGCGUCUGGGUUUCAGAGGAGCCAGCGCCUCGGAGUUGUCUUGAAGUGAGGCUCUGCUAAACCACUCUUCUUCUGGCUAUAAGAUCUGAACGCUGUGACCAUUGAUUUGUUGAACCAAGACUCUGAGGCUGAUAUGCAAUGUCACUUACAACAUUAAUCAGACACCGCAUUUAAGAUCUAGGUGUGGAGGAAAUGGAGGACUCAGAACCAAGGAUUUCCAAGUGAUUUCUUCCAAAGCUCAAGACACUAACUCUGUUAAAGCUGGUCUGUUCUAACUGAGGAGUAUAAAGAGGAAGACCCAGCUCGCACAGACCAUGUUGCUGGUCACACUUGUGCGCGUGGUCCUCGUCGCCCCAUGGUCCUGAGGAAUCCAGUGGCUGUUCAAGUGCUAGAGGAGCAUCCUGGGGUUCUUUCGGCCACCCCCUGAAGGCCGGCUUUGUGCCAGAUGACAGUCAUGUCCCUUUCCAGGGACCUCAAGGACAAUUUACACAGCGAUACAGUGCUCUCCAUCUUAAAUGAACAGCGCAUUCGGGGCAUUUUGUGUGAUGUCACCAUCAUUGUGGAAGACACCAAGUUUAAAGCCCACAGCAAUGUCCUGGCUGCUUCAAGCCUUUAUUUCAAAAACAUCUUUUGGAGCCAUACCAUCUGUAUUUCCAGCCACGUCCUGGAGCUGGAUGAUCUCAAAGCUGAAGUGUUUACAGAAAUUCUCAAUUAUAUCUACAGCUCCACAGUCGUCGUCAAGAGACAGGAAACUGUCACCGAUCUCGCAGCUGCUGGGAAAAAGCUGGGAAUAUCCUUCUUGGAAGAUCUUACUGAUCGCAACUUCUCCAGUUCCCCGGGUCCCUAUGUAUUCUGCAUUACCGAAAAGGGAGUGGUCAAGGAAGAAAAAAAUGAAAAAAGGCAUGAAGAACCAGCCAUCACUAACGGGCCAAGGAUCACAAAUGCAUUUUCCAUCAUUGAAACAGAAAACAGUAAUAACAUGUUCUCUCCAUUGGACUUGAGAGCAAGUUUCAAAAAGGUCUCCGACUCCAUGAGAAACACCAGCCUCUGCCUGGAGAGGACUGACGUCUGCCACGAGGUGGAGCCCGUGCGUACCCUCGCCGAGCACUCCUACGCCGUGUCUGCCGUGUCUUCCGUGGCUGAGGCUUACAGAAGCCAGCCUGCCCGGGAACAGGACAGCAGUUCACCUGCAAAAACAGGGAAGGAGAACUCCGAAGCUGUUGCAGCAAAACCGAAAACAUGCCGAAAGCCAAAGACACCCUCCGUACCCCAGGAAUCAGAUUCCACUCCAGAAAAUGUACCAGCCCCUCCAGCAAGCAACUUGGAGGUGCCUCAAGAAGAAACUCCACAGCCAGCUGCAGUUCUUUCCCUUUCAAAAUCUCCCAGCCACAACGAAGGAGAGGUCCAGUUUCCCAGGGCGGAGGAAAAUAAAUCCUCGGAUGUCCCCGGGCCGCCAGCCGCUGAGGUGCCGCCCCUCGUUUACAACUGCAGCUGUUGUUCCAAAUCUUUUGAGAGCAGCACUUUGCUCAGUGCCCACAUGCAGCUUCACAAGCCGACCCAGGAGCCCUUGGUGUGCAAACACUGCAACAAGCAGUUCAGCACCCUCAACAGGCUGGACCGGCACGAGCAGAUCUGCAUGCGGUCAAGCCACAUGCCCGUCCCUGGAGGGAAUCAGCGCUUCUUAGAAAACUACCCCACCAUUGGGCAGAAUGGAAGUUCAUUCACAGCUCCAGAACCUUUAUUAGCUGAGAAUAGGAUUGGUGACUUUUCCAGUCCCGGGAGCACGCUGCCAGAAACAGAACACAUGGUUAAAUUUGUUAAUGGGCAAAUGCUCUAUAGCUGCGUGGUGUGCAAACGCAGUUAUGUGACUUUAUCCAGCCUCCGAAGACAUGCAAAUGUUCACUCCUGGAGGAGAACAUAUCCUUGCCAUUACUGCAACAAAGUGUUUGCUUUGGCUGAGUACAGGACAAGACAUGAGAUUUGGCACACAGGGGAAAGGCGGUAUCAGUGCAUUUUCUGUCUGGAGACGUUCAUGACCUACUAUAUACUCAAAAACCACCAGAAGUCUUUCCAUGCCAUCGAUCAUAGACUUUCCAUCAGUAAAAAAACGGCAAACGGAGGCUUGAAGCCUAGUGUCUAUCCAUAUAAACUUUACAGGCUCCUGCCCAUGAAAUGCAAGAGGGCUCCUUACAAGAGCUACCGACAUUCUUCCUAUGAAAAUGCUCGAGAAAACAGUCAGCUGAAUGAGCCUGCACCUGGUCCCUAUGUUAUUCAGAAUCCACACAGCUCUGAAUUACCUACUCUGAAUUUCCAGGACAGUGUAAACACCUUGACCAACAGUCCAGCCAUCCCAUUGGAAACACCAGCACGUCAGGACGUGCCCACUUCGGCCAGUACACAAAACGCAGAGGGCACCAAAUGGGGCGAGAGGGGAGAGUUGAAAGUGGAUCUGGACAAUAACUUUUAUUCCACAGAGGUGUCGGUUUCUUCCACUGAAAACGCUGUCAGUUCGGACCCCCGGGCAGGGGAUGUGCCUGCUUUGGCUGUGAGUAGCGGCAGUGAGAACUCCACUUCUGUGAUCAGCUACAGUGGCUCGGCCCCCUCGGUCAUCGUGCACAGCAGCCAGUUUUCAUCGGUGAUAAUGCACAGCAACGCCGUUGCUGCCAUGACCAGCUGCAACCCCAGAGGAGCCCCUUCAGACCAGACUGUCAGUCAGACCCCCAAAGAGGAUGGCAAGCCCACUGAGCCAGACAAAGUUGGGAGGGCCAUCAGCAGACCCAAGAGCAUGAAGGAGAAAAAGAAAGCUGGCCCAUGUAACAGGGGAGAAAUCCCAGAGGAGUCCAAAUUCACUGCUGAUCCUGGAGGCUCACUGGGCAAAAGUACAAAUACCAUGAAAGAAACGAGUAAAAUUGAAACCUACAUCGCAAAGCCCGCUCUCCCGGGAACCUCCACAAACAGCAACGUCGCGCCCCUUUGUCAAAUAACGGUGAAAAUCGGGAAUGAAGCCAUUGUGAAGAGGCACAUCCUCGGCUCUAAACUGUUCUAUAAGAGAGGGCGGAGACCCAAAUACCAAACGCAGGAGGAGACGCUGCCCCAGGAGAGCGACCAGGAAGCCAACGGAGACAACCCUCUCGGGCUCUGCCAGUCCGAGUGCAUGGAGAUGAAUGAGAUGUUCGACGAUGCCAGUGACCAGGAUUCCACGGACAAACCGUGGCGCCCGUACUACAACUACAAACCCAAGAAGAAAUCCAGACAGUUGAGAAAAAUGAGGAAGGCCAACUGGAGGAAGGAACACGAAAACAGGAGCCCGAGCAGUAAGUGUAGAUACCCGGCCGACCUGGACUGUGCGGUGGGCAAGGCUCCGCAGGAGAAGGCCUUCGAGGAAGAGGAAAACAAGGAGAUGCCUAAGCUGCAGUGUGAACUCUGCGACGACGGAGACAAAGCCUCGGGGGCCGGGAGCCAAGGGAGGCCCCACCGGCAUCUCACGGCCCGGCCUUACGCGUGCGAGCUCUGCGCCAAGCAGUUCCAGAGCCCCUCCACCCUCAAAAUGCACAUGCGGUGCCACACGGGAGAGAAGCCGUACCAGUGCAAGACCUGUGGCCGGUGCUUCUCUGUGCACGGCAACCUGCAGAAGCAUGAGCGCAUCCACCUGGGCGUGAAGGAGUUCGUCUGUCAGUACUGCAACAAGGCCUUCACGUUGAACGAGACCCUCAAAAUCCACGAAAGGAUCCACACGGGAGAAAAACGAUACCACUGUCAGUUCUGCUUUCAGAGUUUUUUGUAUCUGUCCACGAAAAGGAAUCAUGAGCAGAGGCAUAUCAGGGAGCACAAUGGGAAGGGCUAUGCCUGCUUCCAGUGCCCCAAAAUUUGCAAAACAGCUGCUGCCCUGGGAAUGCACCAGAAGAAACACUUGUUCAAAAGCCCCAGUCAGCAGGAGAAAGCAGAAGGUGACACAGGCCACGAAAACUCCAGUCCCCUGGAGAAUCCACAUUUCGUUGAUUCAGAAGGCACUGACCAAAAGGAUAAUGUACAAACCGUUGUUGAUAAUGUCCUUUGAAUGGAGAUACUUAGGGAAAAAAAAAAACCUUUGAGAAUACAAGUUGGUGGGUUUGUUUUUUUUUUUUUUUUUUUUUUAGUUAGCUGUUUCUUUUGUUUCUGUUUAGUUUUGUUCACUUAACAGUUAUGAAGGAGUGAAAUGUAACAAAGAAAAUCUCUUUUGUUCAAAUUCCAGAAGAAGGAUCCUAAUAUCCACUUUGGGUUUUAGCAUUAACUUCAUGCAAAGUAUGCAAAAACAAAAUAGCCGAAUCUUCCAGUAUCCCAAAUGUCUUGUGAAAGUUUAUGAAGUUCUCAGUUGUGAUAUUUUUGCCAGUGGGAGAAAAAAAGAGUUUAAUUUUAGAGUAAUUUAAAACUUUCUGGUGAGUGCUCAUAGGAGCUGGCUGCUCAACUGUCUUUAGUAACGAGAUAUAAGGGUCAGAUAUCAUGAAAAUGUCACCUUCAUAAAUAUGUUAAAAGGAAAUGAGCUGUGACAGUCAUUAUUCUCAUCCAGCUUCUGCACUAUUAAAAAUUGUUUAAAUUAAUGGGUUCAUAUGAAAUAAUAGUAUAGCUGAAAAUACGUGUGAAAUGAGUAACCCAAGUAGGACGUUCAUAUGUUAUCUAGAACUACUUUUCUGCAACACAAACCUUGUAAAAUACAGAUACAAAGCACUAUAACUUUUAACUGUCCAUGUCCCCUGUAGUGAAUUAUAAUGAUGAGCAAUAGAUCUGCAAAUAAUGAGAACUGAUGUAAAAAUCAGUAGGAAGCAUUUUGAGUACGACUUCAGAGCAUGUGUAUGCUUUUAGAUGGAAUGCUGUUCUCUUGAAGUUAUGGCUGAGCUGUUACUAGAACCGGUCUUCUCAAGUCCCAAAAAACAUAGGUCAUGCCUUAUCCACGGGGGAGAACCUUCCCAGAAGUUACUUGUGAUUACCUGUACUGUGCUGUGUAUUACUUUCUAGUGGCCUCACUUCAGAAAUGAAAAAAGGUCAAAUUCUUCUGAAACUCCCUGAAGUCUUCCAUCCAUCACAAGGCCAUGGACGUGGAGGUCUUUCCAGAUAGAUUUAAUCAUUCUCAAGGGUUCAAGGAAAACCUGGCAUCUCCUGUGCCACUGAAGGAGUGUCUUGGAAAUUAAGUGCAAGGCGCAUGUAUGGUGGUGAAUUCCCAGGCACUUGAAAGUGACAGAAAGCCUAAUCCCUACAGUUGUCAGCCUUCUUGGAAAUCAUGCAGCCCACGAGCAUAUACUAUUUAAAAAAUAAAUAAAGGACAACAGAAAUACACACACCCCUGUCCCACCCAAUAAUGACUUGAGUGGGUAGGAAGUGAUGACCUUCCUUGCCUCAAAUGGAGCUUUGUCUUUGGAGGGUGGAGAGAUAGAAUGUGGAGUGACAAGGUUCCGUGACUUACUUACAUGCUUCAAAAACAUAUAGAAUAUAUUCACAAGUCAGAUGCCUUGUCUUCAUGUUUGCAGACAGCUGAGACCCUGGUUCGAUUCCUGGGUCGGGAAGAUUUGCUGGAGAAGGGAUAGGCUACCCAUUCCAGUAUUCUUGGGCUUCCCUUGUGGCUCAGCUGGUAAAGAAUCCACCUGCAAUGCAGGAGACCUGGGUUCGAUCCCUGGGUUGGGAAGAUCCCCCUGGAGAAGGGAAAGGCUACCCACUCCAGUAUUCUGGCCUGGAGAAUUCCAUGGACUGUAUAGUCCAUGGGGUUGCAGAGUUGGACGUGACUGAGCCACUUUCAGCCCCCUUGCUAAAAACCCACUUCCGUGUUUAAUGUUCUUUUUCUUUGACCUGCACCACCAACACGGCCCUCAAAAUCUAACCACCCUAUAGGAUAUUCCGUCACAUGGACUAGGUUCCUGGGAAGCUGGAAGUCAUGAUUCUUUAACUUUUUAAGCUGCCAGAAUAGGAGGGAGAGAGAAAACAUUCUUACCCAUUUGAUCACCAGAACACCAGUAUGAGCAGAGUCUGGAACCCAGUUCAAGGAUGACCUGCAGCCAUUCAUGUUCACAGGAUUUGACAGCUGGAAACCCAAGAUUACCCAAGGCUGCAAGGAUACCAUUGUGAAGAAAUGGCUUGAAGAACUCCGGGUUCUCUCUUCAAGUGUUGUGAUGUCUCCACAAAGAAGACUUCAUAUGGAUUGGGGUGGACCAGAAAGCAUCUAAACACCCAGAAAAGGACAUAAUCAAAGCUGAUCUUUUUAUACUGUAGUACUUUGCUGUUAAAUAACCCUAAUAUUGUAUUUGCAUUUAUCUUUUGUUCAUCUACUUUCACUUACAAACAGUAUUAUGUAAUAGAGGAAAAUGGAAAAAUGCAAAUGAGUUCAACUUUAUUUUAUACAUUGUAUAUAUGUACACCUGAACCAUUCAUUUGGGUUUUGUUAAAGAGAUAGUCACAAAGGGCUUAUGCAAAUCAUUUUGAAUUGAUAAUUAGAAAACUGAAUAAGCAAUCUUGUGAUCUACCAGUUUGUUUUAUCUCAAUCAGGAUUAUGAAUCAAGAAUUACUGUGUAUUUCAGUCAUUUUGAUUUGAAGUAACUCUAAAUACAAAAUGAUUACAUGUAAUGAUGUCUCCCAGCCCUUCCAUGUGGAUAUUUUUUAAGUGGACUUGUAUGCUAAUAAUUCUAGACCAAAGUAAAUAUGGCAGAAUAUUUAUACAUGAAAAAAUAAUUUUGCAAAUAUUUUCUAUAAUUGUAUUAUUCGUUUAAAAUGUUGAUAGCUUGUGUUAGUUUCAGGGAGGGGUGUAUAUUUUGAUAAAAAAUACUUGACUUUGUAAUUCUGUAUAUUCUAUACAAUUUAUAGCAGAGCCGUUUUAAGACAGCCUUGUCACAUUUUUUGUUAAUUGUGAAAAUUUUAUUCGAAGUGAUGUUUAUGCAUUGAGUACAUAAUGACCAACUAGAGUUAAAGUAAGUGUGAACAGUGAAACAUACUGUAUGCUGUACAAGAUAUAUUGUAACUUGCUGUUUUAGCAUCUGUAUUUUGGUUAGGAGAUAUUAUUAAAUGCAGAUGUUAAGGGUUGGAAAAGUCUAAUUUUAUUUUUAGAACUAAUGGAUAUAAAUUUGUUUUUGCUUGAUUAAAAUAGCUUAUUCUUAUGUUGUCUCUUUUUAAACAUUUUAGUGUUAAUUCUUUUGUGCAGCCAAGCAGCAAUUUCAUUUGUAUGAGUCACAGCGUUGUUUCACAUAUGAUUCAUUCAGUAUAUUUCUGUUUCCUUACUUGUUUACAUUCCAUGGUACCUGCUUACAUGCUUAGGACUCAAAUGGAAUAUGACAUUAAAAAAAAAGCAGAAUAAAAGAGACUGAAAUCUU